UUCAUCUCCGAAGAUCUCCAAGCAUCUACUCAAUUUAGGACGGACAUCAUGGGUUUGACUGUACCAGUGAAGAUCCUUCUUCUGACCUGCCUGGUGUAUUUUGUGAUCUCUUCAGUAGAUGGCAGAAUCUUUAGAGGCUCUAAGAAUCAGUCCAAGAAGAAAGGCAGUAGUUUCAAAGGAAGCAAGAAGAUUCCACAGAAUGUUCCAGGGAAAGUUCCACCAAAUGUUCAGCCUUCAGCAGAUCAGGCACCAGGAGCAGCAGCAGCACCACCAGCAGCAGAAGCAGCACCACCAGCAGCAGCAGAAGCAGCACCACCAGCAGCAGAAGCAGCACCACCAGCAGCAGAAGCAGCACCAGCAGAUGCGUGAUUGACAGCUGCUUUACUCACAGUUUGGUUUAGCUGAAGAGUUUCAUGCUUUAAUUGCAGUAAAGAUUAAAAAUGGCAAAUAAAACUGA